AUGAACGAUAUCCUGCGCGAUUCUACAUUUGGGCAAAUCGUUCGCCUCGUUUCCUCGACCCGGUACUGUAGAUACCUGGAAGAAUCCACGGAUUUUGUUCUCCCGUCAAAGUACGACUAUUCGAGACGCAAGGCAAGCGACGUCGCCAUCGAAGAUCAGAAAGAGAACAACGAUGGUUCAGAGGUUGACGAAAAUUCCAAUCAGAAAUCGAAAGAGGACGAGGAGGAUGUGGUCAUUGUAGACUGGUACUCAGAAAACGACCCAGAGAACCCGCACAAUUGGAGCAGAACACGGAAAGCGUGGACAACGUUUGUCAUUGUCCUUUACACGUUCGCAAUGUUCAUUGGAUCCUCAAUCUACACUUCCAGCAUUCCGGAUAUCGAAAGAACAUUCCACGUCAGCCCCGUUGUAGCCUCCCUUGGACUUUCCAUGUACGUUUUGGGAUAUGGAAUCGGGCCAUUGAUCUUCUCGCCUCUUUCGGAAAUUCCAGCUUGUGGACGCAAUCCUCCGUACGUGGCUGGCUUUUUCCUGUUCGUCAUCUUGUGCGUCCCCACGGCGCUCGUGGACAACUUUGCCGGUCUUCUCGUCCUCCGGUUCCUGUUAGGCUUCUUUGGCUCGCCGGCUCUUGCGACUGGUGGGGCAAGCAUGGGAGAUAUCUAUAGCCCAGUCUCCAUAACCUAUGCCAUAGUGCUGUGGGGUGCCUGUGCGACUCUGGGGCCGUCCUUGGGCCCAAUCGUCGGCAACUUUGCGGUGCAAGCUGAAACCUGGCGUUGGUCGACCUGGGAAUUGCUUUGGCUCGGCGGGCCUACAUGGUUGCUGAUGUUCUUUUCGCUCCCUGACACGUCCUCCGAGCUCAUUCUUCUCCGUCGCGCUCGCCGUUUACGCAAACUCACAAAACGCAUUGACCUUCGGGCGCAAAGCGAAAUACGACAGGCACACCUUCAGCCGUCUCAGGUGCUCUGGAAUGCGCUGAUCAAACCUUGGGAGAUCAAUAUCAAAGACCCUGCCGUCCUAUUCUCAACCAUUUACACUGCUCUGAUAUACGGCCUCUUCUACUCGUUCUUCGAAAGCUUUCCGCUGGUAUACCGGGGCAUCUAUCACUGGAGCCCUGGUGUGUCUGGUCUGGCAUUCUUAGGGGUGCUUGUGGGUUUGCUCAUCGCCGCAUCGUCGUUCUGUCUCUACAACUACUUCAUCGGCAGUAAGAUGGUGUCGAAAGUACUGAAGGAAACGGGCUCCAUACCUCCUGAAUUGUUUCUAAGACCAGGACUGGUUGCCACGUUCUUCAUUCCAAUAGGGCAGUUCAUCUUCGCGUGGACCGCUCGACCAGACAUUCACUGGUUCCCCAGCAUCCUCGGCGUUGCGGUUAGCAUGAUCGGCAUCUUCAUCAUCACACAGUGCAUGUUCAGUUACCUGCCCUUCACAUACCCAAUCUACGCUGGAUCAUUGUUCGCUGCCAACAACUUCGCUCGUGCCGCAUUGGCAGCGGGAGCGAUCCUGUUCUCGACGCCAAUGUUCAACAACUUGGGCAUUGAUGGUGGCGUUAGUUUGCUUGGAGGACUCACUGCGUUGUGCUGUUUUGGGGUCUACGGCUUGUUCUUCUUUGGAGAGCGGCUGCGAAAGAGGAGCAAGUUUGCGCAGUCGUAG